UAUGUGCGUCAUUUAAUGAGGCCACCUCCAUCGUCAUAUUGGAUUAUUGCAACUUAUUUUCUGAUAUAAAAACGGAAUAAUCUUGUUUCAAAGCUCUAUACAUUGUUGCACUACCGCGUGUUUGUCAAAAAUCCGAUUUUUUUUCUUCACAAAUAGAAAAUACCAACAUCGAUGGCGACCCAAAACGAAAAUUAUCACGAUGACGACAUUGUGAUCACUGGAAUUUCAGGAGCAUUUCCAAACAGCGACAAUUUUGAAGAAUUCAAACAGAACUUAUUGAAAGGGAAAGACAUGAUCUCAGAAGUUGACAUACCUGGUGGCACAACAGUGAAAGGAUUGAUUAAGACAAUCGAUCGUUUUGAUUAUACUUUCUUCCACAUGAAUCAUCCCCAGGCCGAAGGAGCGCUCAUUGCUACGAGACUUUUGCAUGAAAAAGCAUUCGAAGCUGUACUGGAUGCGGGUUACAAUUUGCAACAAAUAAAAGGUAAAAAAAUAGCUAUUAUUUGCGGUCUAUGGGAAAUGAGUUCCGAAAAUGAUCCAGCUCAUGAUGUCAUUGUGGAACAACACGAUGGAAAUUCCUUAGCACACAUUUUCAUGUGUGCUAACAGAAUAUCGUAUCAUUUGGACGUACACGGACCUAGUUGCUGUGUGAAUACAGCAUGUUCGUCAUCGGCGUACGCUUUAGACAUGGCCAUUAAAUACAUUCAAAGUAACCAAUGCGAAGGAGCGAUUGUGUGUUCGGCUAAUUUUAGCUUUUCCGACGACGACGGAAAUUUAUCAUCGUCGGUCAUCCAUAGUAGAACGAUUUCUUCACCUUUUGACGCAAAGGCUGAUGGAUAUAAUAGAAGCGAAGCUGCGAUUGCCAUGUUUUUACAGAAAAGAAAAUACGCCAAAAGAAUCUACGCAAACGUCAUUCAUUCGUUAAUAAAUUGCGAGGGGUACAAAGCAGAUGGUAUCACGCACCCUUCAAUCAGUCAACAAAGAGAACUGUAUGAACAAUUCUAUGAAACGAUUAACAUCGAUCCGAGAUGCAUCUCAUAUAUAGAAGCUCACGGUACAGGAACACAGGUAGGAGAUAUUGUAGAAGGGGCAUCGAUUGAAGAGUUUUUCUGUCAAGGACGCGAAGCACCAUUAAAAAUCGGAUCGGUCAAAUCAAACAUGGGCCAAUUGGGCCAUGCAGAAGGAGCUUCUGCUUUAUGCAGCAUUGCUAAAUUAAUCGUAGCUUUUGAAACUGGUACCAUUCCUAGUAAUCUGAAUUUCACAUGCCCAAAUCCGAAUAUUAAAGGUUUACUUAAUGGACGGCUGCAGAUUGUUACAGAACCAACACCUUUAGAAGGGCAUUACUUUGCGUUAAAUUCAUUCGGAAUAGGUGGCGCUAAUAGCCACAUUUUGUUGUCACCUCACAAUAAAAUUAAACAAUCCAGUCAAUUCGAAAAAGUACAAAUACCAAAAAUACUAACCGUUUCUGGGCGCACAGAAGAAGCAGUCGACUCCAUUUUCAACGACAUUGAAAAACAUUUUCAAGACGAAGAGUAUGUGGCUUUGUUGCACGAAAUUUUCAGCGAUGAAAUACGUGGUCAUCAUCAAAGAGGAUUCAUCAUUCUGCACGAAAACAAAGAUCAUACAAAAUCCAAAACGUAUUUUUCUGGCGAGAAGCGACCUAUAUGGUUUGUCUUUGCCGGUAUGGGUUCCCAAUGGUCCGGAAUGGCUAAAUCAUUGAUGAGCAUACCUAUAUUUGCCGAAUCGAUCAAAAAAAGUCAUCAGAUAAUGCAAUCAAAACAGAUCGAUUUGAUUAAAAUAAUCACUGACGAUGAUCCUAAAAUAUUCGACAAUGUUUUGAAUUCAUUCGUUGGAAUAGCAGCUGUUCAAAUAGCUUUGGUUGACGUUUUGCAAGCGAUUGGAAUACGACCUGAUGGAAUAAUAGGUCAUUCGGUAGGAGAAUUGGGGUGUGCAUAUGCUGAUGGAUGUUUUACAUCUGCACAAAUGAUUCUUGCCGCUUAUUAUCGUGGUUUAGUCUCAGUAGAAACUAAAUUGAUUCACGGCAUGAUGGCUGCUGUUGGUGCGAGUUACGAAACACUGAAGGAGCUCGUCACAAGUGAAAUUGACAUUGCUUGUCACAAUGGUCCGACAAGCUGCACAAUAUCUGGCCCUACACCAGAAGUGGAACAAUUCAUCGAAACUUUGAAAGAAAAAAACAUUUUUGUCAGACCAGUGAACUCAUCAAACAUAGCAUAUCACAGUCGCUACAUUACACCGCUGGGCCAGAAAUUAUCACUGUUACUAAACAACGAAGUUGUAUCGGAACCAAAAUUGCGUUCAAAAAAAUGGAUAUGUACAUCGGCUCCUGAACACAAAUGGGACACAGAUCAAGUGAAAUAUUCUUCGGCAGAGUAUCACACAAAUAAUUUACUCAGUCCUGUUCUUUUUGAAGAAGGUUGUCGUCACAUACCCAGAAACGCUAUAACUAUUGAAAUAGCCCCUCACGGAUUAUUGCAAGCUGUGCUGAAACGUUCGUUACCUGAAACUGUAACAAAUAUACCCUUAACACUAAAAAACAACAAAAAUGGAGUUGAGUUUCUCUUGAACUCGUUGGGGCGAAUGUAUGAAGCUGGAUGCGUUCCAAAGUUGAGUGCUUUAUACCCACCAGUGGAAUUUCCAGUUAGUAGAUCGACUCCAACAAUCUCAUCGUUAAUUAAAUGGCAGCACGAUGAACAGUGGUCAGUUGGAAAACUAGAAAAAGAUCACUGCGUUGAGCGAGUAUAUGAUAUCAGAACAACGAAUGAUAAAUAUAAAUUUAUAAAAGACCAUGUCAUCGAUGGAAGGAAUUUAUACCCUGGUAUGGGCUACUUGUGGUUGGUCAUAGAAGCGGUAAGUCACAUUAGAAACAAGAAAAAUACAAAGAUGCCUGUAGUUUUUGAAAACGUUCGUUUUGAGCGAGUUGCCAUCGUUCCGGAAAAAGAUAAACUGAAAUUACUGGUAUCAAUUACUGCCGGUGAUAAAUACUUCAAUGUAACAGAAAAUGGUCAAGUUCUGGUUUCGGGCACAAUACGAGUACUUGAAAAUGUUGAUAAAGAAAUGAUGAAUGUGCCGCCAGUUGAUAGCUCCAUUUCAAAGUUUGAUUACUCGUUUUUGAAUGCUAAUGAUUUCUAUAAAGAAUUGAGGCUAAGAGGAUACCAAUACAAAGGGUCAUUCAGACAAGUUGAUCGAGUGAAUUAUGAAGGAACUUAUGGCGAGAUAUUGUGGAAUGAUAAUUUCGUUACCUUCAUGGAUAAUAUGGCCCAACUGCAGAUACUCAGUAUGGAUACUCGCGAACUUCUCAUACCAACGUUCGUUCGUAAAAUCGUUAUCGAUUUCGAAAAACAUUACCAACAAGUACAGUUAUCAGACAAAGAUGAGCCGCGAAUUCCCGUUCAUUUUUAUCCCAGGCAUCGUCUAGUGAGCUGUGGAGGUAUCCAGAUGAUUGAUUGGUGCUUCAAAGCCAUCAGUCGUCAGAAAAAUCUAGCCGAGCCGGUUUUAGAAAAAUACGACUUUGUACCUUACAUUAAUGAUGAGAUAAUGGAGUUGAGUCUGGCGAUUCAUACUUGCACGUAUAUUGCAUUUGCAAACAUAUUGGAAAUUCAAGUGAAGACAUAUGAAUUAGUUGAUCACGAUAAUCAUUCCAAAGGCAGCAUAAUGUCAUCAGCAGUAUGGAAGUCACUGAACAGUUUACCAACAAUACAGCCCAACGUCACAAUUUUGACUAGCCGUGAUCAAAUGACUGAAAUUCAAGUACCAAAUGAAAUUAACAUAUCGACUGAAAAAUUACCCAACGAUAAAAGCAGCUCGAUAAUUAUUUUAUCGAAUAUAUCGCACAAAAUGGAUAUGCUUGAAAAUAUACACGGAGCCUUAAAAGAAGAUGGAUUCCUUAUUACAAAAGAACCGGCCGAUAAGGAUUUCAACACGUACAAAAAAAUAGGGUUCAACGUUUGCUUCAGUCGUAAGAUCAACGAAACAGAAAGAAUUUUACUCUUGAAUAAGAUGGUGAAAAAUGAAUCAGUUUACAAAGCUGUAGAAAUAACCAGCAAUACGUUCGGUUGGGUUACAAAUGUCCAAAAUGAAUUAGCAGCCAUUGAUCCCGGACGAAACGAAAAACUGGUCAUUUAUGCCGAAAAAGAUCCAAAAAAUGGAAUACUGGGAUUUUUCAAUACCUUAAGAAAAGAGGAAAAAGGAAAGAAUCUGAGAUGCGUUUACACGAUGGAUAAAAAAGUGCAAGAUUUUUCGUUGGAACAUUCAUUUUACAGAGAUCAACUGGAUAAGAAUUUAUGCCAGAAUGUCUACAAAAAUAGUCAGUGGGGCGCUUAUUGCCAUUUUAUAACUGAUCCAGUUGACGAAAUAGAAACCACUCAUGCACAGAACAUACAAGAAGAACGCGGAGAUUUCUCAUCCUUCAAAUGGAUUGAAAUAUCGCCAAAUCUACAAGAAUUUGAAAAUUCUCAAAAAAAUACCAUUCAUGUAUAUUACAGCAGUUUGAAUUUCCGUGAUGUUAUGAUAACAAGCGGAAGAAUGUCAGCAGAGGACCUACCUAGUUACCACCGACUAAGACGAAGUCACUAUGGUUUUGAAUAUUCCGGGAAAGAUGAUAAUGGAACACGUUGGAUGGGUACUAUAGACAAUGAGGCAAUUGCAACCACAGUUCAGCCACGUCCUGACAGUACGUGGGAAAUACCAGAUCAUAUGUCGCUGGAGGAAGCAGCCACUAUUCCGGUCUUAUAUGCCACAGUGGUCACGGCUUUCUUUUUCAAAAUGAAUUUACAAAAAAGCUGUUCAGUACUCAUUCAUGCAGGCAGUGGUGGGAUCGGACAAGCGGCUAUCAAUAUAUGUCUUCAUUACGAAUGUGAGAUAUUUACCACUGUUGGUACUGCCGAAAAAGUACAGUUUAUAAGAAAAACAUUCCCUCAAAUUCCAGAGAGCCACAUAGGUAACUCGAGAGAUACAUCCUUUGAGCAGCUGAUAAUGGAGCAGACAAAGGGACGUGGGGUUGAUGUAGUUCUGAAUAGUUUGGCUGAAGAGAAAAUGCAAGCUUCAGUACGUUGCUUGGCUUACGACGGACAUUUUUUAGAGAUUGGGAGAUACGAUAUGCUCGAAAGACACGAUUUAAGUUUGGGACAUUUCGUAAACAACAUUUCAUUUCAUAGCAUACAGUUGGGCUUGAUAAUGAAAACUAACCGACACCUCACACUUGCAGUAAAAGAAAAGGUUACAGAGCUUCUCAAACAAGGAGUCAUAAAACCAAUACAGAGGACAAUUUUCCAAGCUGACGAAGUAGAAUCGGCUUUUAGAUUCAUGGCAUCUGGAAAACAUACAGGAAAAGUUCUAAUAAAAAUCAAUGAUGAAGAGAAUGAUUAUAAAGUCAAACCUAUUCUAAAAUCUAGGAAAUGUAAGCCUCAAGUUCAUUGUUCGAAGUACAGCUCAUAUGUUAUUGUGGGAGGUUUAGGUGGAAUAGGAAUGGAACUGGCUGAUUGGUUGAUCUUGAGAGGUGCUCGCAAUAUUGUACUAAGCUCACGAUCAGGAAUCAAAAACGGCUACCAGGCUUAUCGCAUUAAAUUAUGGCGUUCAUACGGAGUGAAAAUUGUAAUAUUCACAGAAGAUGUGACAAACGAAAAAGGUGCAAGCAAUUUACUUCAAACAGCCAACACAUUAGGACCAGUAGAGGGAAUAUUCAACCUUGCAAUGAUCCUGAAAGACGAUCCAUUCAUGAAACAAACCGAAGAAAACUUCAGCCUAGCAAACGGACCUAAGGCGGUCUUAACCAUGCAUUUGGACAACCUGAGCAGAAAAAUGUGCCAGCAUUUGAAAUAUUUUAUUGUAUUUUCCAGUGCUGUUUCUGGUUUAGGUAAUCAAAACCAAAGCAACUAUGCCUAUGCUAAUUCUGCAAUGGAAAGAAUAUGUGAAAUCAGACACAAAGAUGGUCUACCUUCAUUGGCUAUUCAAUGGGGAGCUGUUGGAGAUGUGGGUAUAGUGGCUGAAUUUCAAGAACAGGCCUUGGGGUCUGAAAUUAUUAUUUGUGGAGCACUACAACAAAAAAUCAAAUCUUGUUUGAACACUCUGAAUACAUUCAUGAAACAGCCAUCUCAACCCAUUGUAACUAGCAUAGUGGUCGCUGAAAAACGCCACAGUGAAAUUGAUAUCACAGGCGCUGUAGCAAAUGUAUUAGGUAUUAAAGAUCUCAAAACUAUAAAUCAAUCGUGGACAUUCUCGGAAUUGGGUAUGGAUUCUGUCCUAGCCCUAGAGCUUAAACAAAUUCUCGAACUGGAAUUCAAUGUCAUUUUCAGUCCGGAAGACCUGCAAACUAUGACAUUCGUUAAAUUGCUUCAAAUGAAAAAGGAGAAAGAAAACUCAAUGAUUACAGGUGAAAAAAUCAAGACCCAAAUGCAAACUUUUAUGGAGGAAAUUCUUCUCAACAAGCCAAUUCGUCGAAUACCACUCGAUGAAAACAAUAUUGAAAAAUCAAUCGUUUUCGAUGAAAAUCCCACAAUUUUCAUGUUUCCAGGAGCGGAAGGAUUAGCUGUUACAAUGCAGUCCUUGGCAAAGAAUUUACCUGGUCAAGUGAUAUGCUUUCAGUAUUAUUUUGGUGAAGUGGCAGACUAUACCUUUGAGGAAUUACGCGAUUAUUUUGCCAAAAAAAUUUCAAUUUGAACCAAGAGUUCUGCCUAAUUGGUCACAGUGUAGGUGGAUUGAUAGCUUUAGAAGUGGCCAAUAUUUUAGAAAAACGGGGGAAAAAAGGAUACGUGUACUUGAUAGAAUCUUCUCCGACAUAUUAUCAAAGAAUGCAAACCAGGGAAGACCAUUCCUGUGAUGAAGAAAUACAAAUCAAAGUCUGUUCCCUCAUGACGUCAGUAUUUUUACCAAAAACCCCAACAGAAGAAAUUCUUGAAUCGAUAAAAAAGACAAUUGGUUGGCCGGCGAAGAAAAAAUUAUGUCCAUCUUUACUAUCAUCAGGGCUAAAAAAUGAAAACGUUGUGUAUGCGCUGCUCGAUAGAAUUUACAUUGCAACCAAAGCAUUACUCAAUUAUCAAACCUCUCAAGUAUCACUUGAAUCAUAUGGUAUUCUAAUGAGAUGUGUGGAGAAUCCACUCGACACCGAUGACGCUUACGGCUUAUCAGGGUACUUCAAGCAUCCGAUACAAAUUCAUAAAAUUGAUGCAGGUCACACUACAAUCUUGCAUCAUUCAAAAACUUCAGAAAUUUUGUUGGAAAGCUCAUUUUGGAAGAAAUGACCAGUUAUUUGUGAAAUUUUAUGAAGGAACUGCAGCAGGAAAUUAUUCACCUAUAAUUACAUAUCUAUUAAGUAUUGUUAAUGAUUUGAGUGCGAACAUUCAGGAACUUAAAUUAUCACCUUCUCAAAUUUACUGUUGGAUUUUUGGAAAUUGGUAGUUGUAAAAAAAAUUAUCCUUAAAUACCUACAGGUAUAAGCGCCAAGUACAAACAUAUAAGGUGAACAUACAAAAUUUCUGUGAUUGUAAUAAAACAUCAAGUUAAUAAAAGCCUAAAAUUGUU